CAUGUUGUGCCGAAGUAAAGCUCUCACAAAUAACACAAAAGUAAACUUUUUGAAUUCAGUCGAGAGAAACAUUGCGACGGUGAAACAAGUUAACUAAACCUUUAAACAUUUAAAAUGUAAAGUUUUUUAGCUUAAUUAACAGAUAAAUUUUGAAAAAGACAUUUAGAAACCUACAAAAACACCGGAAAAAGCGUUGCAAAUUCUAUUUGUAAUUCACAAAUUGUGCAAAUUGCUAAAAAAAAUCAAUCAAUCUCGCCUAGAAAAUUUAUACUUUGGCUAUCAAUAAUCGUAUAAACGUGUAACAUUUUAGUGUGCUACAAAAAAGAAGAAACAAGUGGGUGUAAUUAAAACAGCUCUAAAUAUUGAUUCCGCUAAUCGUCUGAAUUGCUAAUCCGUAAUAACAGAUGAAUUAAAGUUAAAUUCCGUAGCUGGAACAAAGCUGAAGAAAGAAAAAAAAUCCUAGUAAGAAGAAGAAAAUCUCACAAAAGAAAGAAAAAAAAUUAUCGAUUUUUGGCGUUUUUAUUCGGGGGAGAAAAGGAAAAAAAUUAUUCAAAUUGCGAAAGCAAAGUAAAAGUGAAGAAAAUAAAUAGCUGGUGACAAUUCUUUGUGCAAGAAGAAAAAAGAAGUUGCCCAAUCGUGUAGUCAUUUGACUUGAUGGUUGAUUGUGCAAAAGGAAUUUUUAUAACUCUGUAAACGGCGCGUGAAAGCGAAGCAAAGAGAAGUAAGAGCGGGACAAAAACUAGGAUAGGAUAAAAGAGGAUACACCCAAAAAAGAAAGAAAAAAAGACUUUCAUCGUAGGUCCGUUCACCCGAGCCGAGUUCUUAUUUUCAUUUAAUAUUUUAAUAUCUGAGGGUUGAUGAAGAACAUAAUUGAAUUAGUACUUGGAAUUGAUGGAGAAAUUGAAAAUCUGGGUCUGUGAAGCAUUAAAGAAAGAAAUCUCUCGGUUGAUCCAGUAAACAUUUUAUUUUAUAGACACAUGAGUGCAAUAGAACGAACAUAAACUAAGAAAAAAUCAUCUCAAUUAAGGAAACAGUAAAGAAAAAAUAAGAAUAACUUGUGCCAAGCAACGAACGUUGUGUGUGUGUUUGUGAAGCAUAUAAUUAGUGCUAAGAAUAGAAAAGAAAUAAAGGUUGAAAAGAAGCUCAUAUAUUCCUUUAAUAAAUAUAAAAUUAAAAUUGAAAUGAGGAGUGCAUUAGGCAAUUGUAAGUUUUGUAACGAGUGGGCAAUUGCGAAGCAAGUAGUCACUUCAGUUGCUUAAAGUUUACCGCCUCUCAUCUUGAAGAAGCAAUUUUCGGUGAAAUCUUCCAAAGAAAAGUGAAAAUUGAUUCAAUUAAAGUGUGAGAAAAGUCAACAUGAAGAAAUCAACGAUGAGUGCCAAUCAAAUGCCAUCAUUUGAAGAUGAUGAGCCGCCACCUGAAGCGCCGAGGGAAGGUUGGAUCCUGGUACGAAUACAUGUCCCCGAACUAGACAUCUAUAAAUGCCUUCAAUUUCCUGUUGAUAAAUUACUUUGGGAUGUGAAGCAGCAAGUUUUGGCGUCGUUGCCAAAGGAGUUGAAAGAAAGUUUCAAUUACGGUCUCUUUUGUCCUCCUUCGAAUGGAAAAGCGGGAAAGUUUCUGGACGAAGAGCGACGAUUGGGUGAUUACCCGUUCAACGGACCCGUUGGAUAUCUUGAGUUGAAGUACAAACGUCGUGUCUAUAAAAUGUUGAAUCUCGAUGAAAGACAACUGCGUGCCCUUCACUCGCGCUCAAACUUGAGACGAUUCUUAGAGUGUGUCAAUGGUGGUCAUGUUGAGAAAAUAUCAAAAAUGUGUGCCAAAGGAUUGGAUCCUAAUUUUCACUGUCAAGAGACAGGCGAGACGCCAUUGACACUUGCAACAAAUGCAAAGAAACCACAAAAAUUGUUGAUAGCUUUGGUGAAUGGCGGAGCACUUUUGGAUUAUCGUACAAAAGACGGAAGCACAGCACUUCAUCGAGCUGUCGAGAAAGAUUGUUUUGAAGCUGUUUCAACUUUACUUGAACUUGGAGCAUCGCCAAAUUAUCGUGAUGCCAGAAACAUUACGCCAGUUUAUCUUUCUGUUACGAAAAAGAACGAUCCAAAGGUAACCGAAGCUCUUCUACAUGAUCACGCUGUUCUUGGUACGCAAGACACUCAAGGUUGGAAUGAAGUGCAUCAGGCCUGUCGCAAUGGUUUAGCACAUCAUUUAGAGCAUUUAUUGGUUUACGGUGCCGAUAUGGACAGUAAGAAUGCAAGUGGCAAUACGCCAUUGCAUGUUUGUGCGGUGAAUAAUCAGGAAGCAUGCGCUAGAAUGCUACUUUUUCGUGGUGCCAACCGUGGCGCUCUUAACUAUGCAAAUCAAACGCCUUACCAGGUUGCUGUAAUAGCAAGUAACUUCGAACUAGCUGAAAUGAUUCAGAACUACAAAUCCGAUGAUAUUGUGCCCAUUCGUGGUCCGCCACGCUACAAUCCACGACGACGAUCAGGUCUUGGAUGCUGGCUUAACUAUCAACAUUCAAAUUCCUCUGAAUGUGCUGGUCCAACAUCUUCAAUUGCUUCAAGUAACUCAUCUUGGACAAAUUCACAUUAUCAUACAUUUGCAAGGUUAAUGAACAACGGCGGUCCACCGUCACCUUGUCCAUCAGAUCAUCCAUUCAAUUCAGCCAGCUCAAGUCUAUCGGAAAGUUCAUCAAGUCAUCGAAGUCAAGAGGAUGACAUAAGCAUUGUUACAGAUAAGAGUCUCGGCGACACGAGCGAUAUAAUCAGUGACUCGUCAGGUGUCGGAACAAAUUCUGAGUCAGCAACUUGUUCGAUUGGACAUCCAAACACAACUGUUGUGUGUAUUGAGAAGUACGAGUCAAAAGUCAACGGACAUUUGGCGAUUCAACCAGGUGAUGUCAUAGAAGUUGUUGGAUCGACAGAUUGUGGAUUAUUAGAGGGAUAUAUUCGUGGUACAACUAAAAUUGGAUUCUUUCCUUCACGCUACGCUCAAGAGGUUCAAUUUCGACAGAAAACAAUUACAAACGUUUCUACAGCAUCAACUAAUCAGCCUAAUUCAAACACCAUUAACAACAAUCAUCAGUCAACUAUAGUUACGACAAACGGCAACGAGUUUGAGCAGCAACAACAGCCACCACCAAUGCAACAAUACAACAGCUCCACAGCGCCUCGAGCUAAGAAGAAUUUCUUGAUGCCUGAACCGCGAACAGUGUUACUUCAUCGUGCCAAGAGAGGUUUUGGUUUUGUUUUGCGAGGUGCAAAAGCAGCAUCGCCAUUAAUGCAAUUGAAGCCAUCGCCACGUUGUCCUGCUUUACAAUAUCUUGAUGAUGUUGAUCCUGGUGGUGUCGCUGACAUGGCGGGUCUCAAACCCGGUGAUUUUCUUUUGGCCAUUAACGGAGAAGACGUGACAUGCGCUUCACACGAACAUGUCGUUGAUAUUAUUCGAAAUUCAAGUAACGUGGUUACUAUGACAGUUCUGACACUACCGACGAAUGAUAAUCUUGUUAACAACAUCAACAACAAUUAUUCUGCCAUAAACAACUCUCGACAAUGCUCGACAUUGCCACGUCGCAUGAGUGGACCUGGAAAGUUGCCAGCGCCAGCGCCACCACGUCGAGAUCCUAAAACAACAUUAAGUGUUGGUCGUGCACGUGCAAAAUCGAUGGUCGCUGGUUUAGAAGGCGAUGACGAUGAAGAAAUUCCAACGAAGACGGGUUCAAUCGAAUCAAUUCAUCAGCAAACACAAUCAGCAGUUUCAACGCCCACGCAAGGUACGCCAAUACAGCCGCGUACUGCUAGCAUCAAAUCACGACCGACGUCAAGUCGAAUCACUGCAGCAGAACUCGAAGAUCUCUUCCAACGUCAACAAGGCAUUGAGAAUAAUCGAUAUUCGUCAAUGAUGACAACAUCGCGUUUCCAAUCGAGUGGUGACAACACGUUGACACCUCAAACAUCGCCAGCAAAAGGUCCUUUGGUGUAUGCAAGUAUUGCUGAUAUGAAGCGGAAGAAAACGAAGAAUGGAACGUUGCGUGGACGGCCUGUUGCAAUACCCGCUAUUGGAUCUGAUCUGAAACGAAACUUCCACAGUUCACCUGAUUUAGCGAACACUAUGAGUGGAAGUGCAACGUGGAGUAGCGGAAUGUUCGCUCAGAAAGGUCAUUUGUCACAAGAAGACAUGCACAAUAUUAAUGCAUCAAUUCAACGAUUAAAUCUCCCACCACCUAAUCAUCCACCACCCCCACCACCUGUUGGACAAGUCGUCAAAGUUGAUGUUAAAAGAAAAUCAGAAUAUGAAUCGACAGUUGCAUUACAAAAUCAAAUUCAACAAAAAAUGACAUCACAACAAACGGAAAUCGUGUCGAGCUUUAAACCAGCGUCGAAUGCAAAAAUGUACGCUUCACCACAAGACUUGGGAAUAACUCCAUCGAUGGCCUUCCGACCGUCUGCUUCUAACAAUGUUGUCACUGCUAAUGGUGGACAAAAGUCAACGUCAACAACGAUUAUUAAUGGAAACAAUGAGCAGAAUAUCACAAAAGUGAAUGUCGCUGCUGUGUCUGGUAAUUUAAAUCCUUACGCUCAACCAGGACGUGCUGGCGUUGAUCCAACCAACAACAAUCAAGAUCCAAAUCAAAUUCCAGCUCCACCAAUUCCUGAGCCUGAUUAUUCCAUGUCAGAGUCUGAAGAAGAAGCUGACAACUCCGUUCGAUUGGCAUCAAGUAUGCCAACAAGUGAAGGUGAUAAUUCAUCAUCAGGUGUUAGUAGUGAUCAAGAAGUUAUGAUGAAUAAUUCAGGCGAAUCAAAAGCAUCGAAAGCGUCACCAUUAAUUAUUAACAACACCAACCAUAACAAAAAUCAACAGAAUAAAAUGAUUUUGAAAGUGGAAGAAACGAAGAAAGUUACAAUUAUUUCAACGGAAGAUGCAAGAAGUGAUGAAGACAGUCCGAGUCCACCUUUAGGUGGAUUCCAACGUAACAACUCGUUGACGAGAAAACAAGCAGCAAUGAUUGCUGCAAAUCGUGCUCGAGCUCUUGCACAAGCUCAGGGACAUGCUGUGUCAUUAACUCAACUUCCGCCACCAAUUGAAGCGGAUUCUGAUGAUGAAGUUGAUGCCAGCAGUAUGCCAUCUUAUAUAGUUGCACCACCACCACCUGAAUUUAGCGAUAUCGUUUCAAAUACCAGAUCUCUUCACAUCCCAACUCAACAAAGUCAAAUGAUGAGACAACAUCCGCCAUCUCAUUACAUGAUGCAACAGCAGCAGAUGCAAUAUCAUCUAAUACAUCAAAGUCAACAACAACAGCAACAACGAGGUGUAAGAAUUGUUGGUGCAUUACCAAAGCAAAACGCUCAACCCCAGCCACAAAAAAUGGGACAUCAUCAUAUUCACCAUUAUCAUAGCCACAGCCAUCAUCAGCAUCAUUAAAUGACUCAAACCAUGCCAUUGAGUUUCGUAUAAUUUAUUAUUCUGUUCCGAUAACAAACAAAAAAAAAACUCAAGAAGAAGUUUUUUCAUUUGUCAAAACUUUUUUAUACAUAAGUAGUUGGAAGAAGAAAAACAAAACAACUCUGAAGCUUUUUCGACCUUUAAAACUUUAUCCUCCGUAGAUUAAGUUAGAACCAUCGCAUAGAAUGUUUUUACCUUGAAAUUGUAGAUGUUCAAUCUAUUGAAAUUUUUGAAUUUUCUACAAUUUUGAUGAUGUUCAAGUCUCAUGCGAAUAUAAAUGCAAAAUCAGCCCAUAAAAAGUGCUAAAGAAACACAAAUAAACGAGAAGGAAAAUAUUAGAAGCGAAUAUUAUAGUAGCAUCUAAAUCUAAUUAAAUUAACAAUGUAAAGGGUCAUUAUAAAAACAGAGUAAAAUCCUUUAAUUAAAUUAACAUUUAAAGACUAUAAUUGAUCGAUACCAACAUCUUCUUACAAAGCAAAUAUUUUUUUCGUAAAUUAAGAACAAAGUUUUAAAUUCUCAACUUAAACAGGACAAGAAUAAUUGGUCGGAUCACAUUCCUGCUCACCCUUCUUCACCCACCUACAAUCAAAUUCAUUCCUACAAUGAUAUUCAAUAAAGAAAUUUCCGCCAGGCGAUUUAUCUUUAAAUGAGAUCAAGUUUGAUUCGUCGUACUAUUAAAUUCUAAACGUCACUUUUCUGCGUAAGGAUUUGUAAUGAAAUAUUAACUAAACUAAUCACAGACGAUUGUAUUCAGGUCUUGACAGUAGCAAAUUCGUAGAGAACUGAAAGUCUAAACUUUAGCAAAAUUUCUUUUUGAAAUACAAUCCAAAUAUUACAUUCCUUAAACUUGAUGCUUUUGAAACAUCUAAAUUGAAAAUUUUCUGAUAAAAGAAUACUUACGUUGCUGCAUACAGAAAUCAAGAAGACCAACGAAUUGAAUUUUUUAUACAUAGCCGUCCUAUCUAGAAUUGAAUCCAAUCGCACAAACCGACACUUGAUCUCAUCAACUUCGAUUCUUUUUUCCUGUUACAUAGAAUCUUUACACACGAAAAAGACUCCCACGCCACGCAAUAAAUGUUUUUGAAAAUGUUUUUAUAACAACAACUUCUUUGUGUCACUUUUAUAGCAAAAACGAAAAGUUUUUUAAUGAUAGUGCAAGUUUUUAACUAACAAUGCAAAGUUAUUACUAAAAUAAUGAAAGGAAUUGGAAUUUAAAAGAACACUCGUCUGUUUAAACUUUAAAGAGAAAUUUUGAAAUAAAAAUUAUCAAAUAUCUUUACAAUGUGGAUCAUCAUCACUCAAAAAAGGUUUAAAAAUCUAUUUUUAUUUCUUGUUUCGGAAAAAUUAAUAGGUGAGAAAUGUGAAUUAUAAAUAUUCUGUAAUCUAAUAAAACAUGAAGUAAAUAAAGUCUUGAAAAAUAA